AUGUUGUUCGGUGUAUCGGUGGUAUUCUUGCUACUUUCAUCACAUAUCAUCAACGAUUUCAUCACAUCCAUAAUGGGCCAUUCGAUUGGACUUUGUUACAUUGUCCUCAUUGUUGCCACACUCUUAUGGCCAGUCACUCUGCUCAAAUCACCUCAAGAUUUCUGGUGGGCCAUCGUUGUCGCCAUGCUCACAACGGUGUUUUCGGUGAUUUUGAUUGUUGUCGGAACCGCCCGAGACUAUGGCAGUUGUGAACCGGUCGCCUAUAGGCCACCGUUUCAGUGGAGUAGUUUGAUGUUGUCGCUUGGAACGUUCAUGUUUGCGUUCGGUGGUCAUGCAGUAUUUCCGACCAUUCAACACGAUAUGAAAAAACCAAAGCAUUUCACACGCUCAGCUAUUGUUGCGUUCAGUAGUUCGUUUAUUUACAAUCAGUUUCAGUUAUGA